AUGAGCGACCCCAACGCCAAGGUCGUCGAGGUGACCCAGGCCGAGGGCUCCGACACGUACGGCUCGGUCAACCAGCACCCCAAGGUCGAGAGCCCGCAGACGGCCUUCAAGGUCGGCGUCAGCGUCGACCGCAACAAGAAGUGCAGGCGCACGAUGGAAGACGCGCACUCGUUCAUCUACGACUUUGGCGGCAUCCGCGGCCAGGGCUACUUUGCCGUGUUCGACGGUCACGCGGGCAAGCACGCCGCCGAGUGGUGCGGCCACCACUUCCACGAGCAUCUGCUCGACAACCUCCGCAAGGCGCCCGUCACGCCCAUCCCCGACCUCCUCAACGCGACCUUCCACACGGUCGACACCAAGCUCUCCGAGCUCGCCGCGAGCGGCAACACGCACUCGGGCUGCACGGCCGUCACGUGCUUCCUCCGCCUCGAGGACGACCAGGGCCGGCCGGCCGGCGACGCGAGCGGCGUCUGCAGCGACGUCGUCGCCGUCAAGGAGGGCCAGCAGGUCGUCGCCGACGAGGGUUCGGCGCUCCGGGCCGCGCAGGCGGGAGGGUCGGCCCCGGGCGGCAGCGGCAACGAUGCGGCGGUGCAGGGCUUGCCGGAGCUCGCGCGCGACGGCGAGGGCGCGGCAGAAGGCGGCGAGGCGGCGGACAAGGCGGCCGGGCACAGCCGGCGCAGGAGCGCGCACGAGGUCAAGAGCCGCAUCAAGAACCUCCUCACCGGCCGCUCGGACGAGUUUACCGCGUCGUCAACCUCGUCGUCGACGUCGUCGCUCGCGUCGGGCUCGUCUGCCGCCGCUCGAGGCAACACGGUCGCGACGCCGACGGUCGAGAUUGCCGGCCCGGCCGUCACCAAGUCGGCGGCCAAGCGCACGCUGUACACGGCCAACGUCGGCGACGCGAGGGCGGUCCUGUCGCGCGGCGGGAGGGCCGUCCGCCUCACGUACGACCACAAGGGCAGCGACGCCAAGGAGGCCAAGCGCAUCUCGGACGCCGGCGGGUUCGUCCUCAACAACCGGGUCAACGGCGUCCUCGCCGUCACGCGCUCGCUCGGCGACUCGUCGAUGAAGGAGUUUGUCGUCGGCUCGCCGUUCACGACCGAGACGACCCUCGGCCCGCAGGACGAGUGGCUCAUCGUCGCGUGCGACGGGCUGUGGGACGUGUGCAGCGACCAGGAGGCGGUCGACCUCAUCAAGGACGUCGAGUGCCCGCAAGAGGCGUCGCAGAAGCUGCUCGAUCACGCGCUCUCGUCGUUCAGCACCGACAACCUGUCGAUCCUCUGCGUGCGCCUCAACAACGGCGCCAAUCCUUGA